AUGCUGGAGCUGGCUCUAGCUCUGGAGCUGGGGCAGGACGCCGUGCUGGAGCUGACUCUAGCUCUGGAGCUGGUGCAGGACCCCGUGCUGGAGGUGGCUCUAGCUCUGGAGCUGGGGCAGGACCCCAUGCUGGAGCUGGCUCUAGCUCUGGAGCUGGGGCAGGACGCCGUGCUGGAGCUGACUCUAGCUCUGGAGCUGGUGCAGGACCCCGUGCUGGAGGUGGCUCUAGCUCUGGAGCUGGGGCAGGACCCCAUGCUGGAGCUGGCUCUAGCUCUGGAGCUGGGGCAGGACGCCGUGCUGGAGCUGACUCUAGCUCUGGAGCUGGUGCAGGACCCCGUGCUGGAGGUGGCUCUAGCUCUGGAGCUGGGGCAGGACCCCAUGCUGGAGCUGGCUCUAGCUCUGGAGCUGGGGCAGGACGCCGUGCUGGAGCUGACUCUAGCUCUGGAGCUGGUGCAGGACCCCGUGCUGGAGGUGACUCUAGCUCUGGAGCUGGUGCAAGACCCCGUGCUGGAGGUGGCUCUAGCUUUGCAGCCUCCCUGCCUCCACAGGCUGUGGUGCUGUGUAGAGGCUUGGGAAGACCGCAGUGAACAAGCACAGUCCCCGCUGUUCUGGAGCUGGCCUGAGCAGGGGUUAAAUGAGGGAACACAGGUCUCAGGCAUGUGGUCUGAGGUCAUUGCAGAACUGCGCUUGGAUGGGCAGGUCAUGUACAAGUUCUUGUCCAGCAGCUCAGGACCAGCCCGGGUGGGGCCUGUGGUGGAAAGAUAUGAUGACCCCGACUGUGCAGUGUAUAAUCGUGACAGCAACUACCGCAGUGAGACAAGCAGUAGCAUCCCGCCCCCCUAUUCCACCACAUCGCAGCCCAACGCCUCAGUCCAUCAGUAUUCCGUCCGUCCACCACCCCUGGGUUCCGGGAAUCCUACACUGGACUCGGCCACCUCCAUCUCAGCCAGUUGCAGCCAGGAGGCAGACUCCAUCAAGCCAGGGGACAGCCUGCCCACUUCCCAGUCCUACUGCCGACCUACCCACAGCACCAUCAGCUACAGCGGGGAUCCCGCAGCUGGCUACCAGUACAGCCAGUACAGCCAGAGUGCCAGAAGUCCAGGAACCACACUUCAACACUCCCUUGCCAGCAGGGUGCUACCAAUAAAAUGUACUCAUGUGAAAUCUGGGAGGUGGAGAGGAGGUAGAAGCCAUCCUCUACAGAAGCAGACAUGCAUGCUCUAG